UCUUUGAAUUCCACUCUGCCAAUCUCAAGAUAUUAAUCAUUGAAAACUAUUCAACCCUGUUCUCACACCAAAAUUCCAAAAAAACCCUUCAACUCCAAAAAAAUCCCCACAAUUUCCCUCGCGAUCAUCUGGAAACCAUUUAACCUCAACUCUCCCCCGCACAAUUGAACCCUCAACUCACCAUUUUAACUUAUUAAUAACAAUUUAAUCAACGACGAGGAGAAAACCACUGCCUUCUGGAGCAACUUGACACUUGACUAUUUGACGAACCGACUGACGGACGGGUCUACGUGGAUUCUCCCUUGAUCAGGAGCUGAAAUUCGGAGUAAAUGGAAGCUACGUGUUUACCGACGCGUACCGAACGGUUUGUGGUAGUGGUGCGACGUGUCGAGUGUCUGUGUCCACGUGGUUUACUGCUUACACGUCAGCAUACGGGUGGGUUCACAUGGGUGACAUUUCUGCUCCGAAUUUUUGCCGGUUGUUUUCGUCUCGAGUCACUCCAAAAUUGUUUGUUUACGUUUAGUUGGGAUUAUUACGGGAGGAUGGGUUCUUAAUUAUUGAAUUGAGAUUUUUCGACAAUGGAGAGGAGAAAACCGACUCCUGAAUUAUUGAAACAAGUAAUUUUUGAGUUGCAAGAGCCCAUUGUAUUCAAAAAUAUUAUAAAUAAUGAUUCAGAAGGAGACAGAUGGGAUUUCCUGGGCCUGGGAAAAUUGAGAAGUGCCUUGGGAGACAUGCCGUUGAGCUUCAGGACUGGAAAAAAUUCUAGAACCGAUGAACCCCAGUGGGACCUCAAAUGCCCCCUGGAAACCAUGACGAUCGAUGAGUUCCUCCAGAAAUCCGAGAAUUCUGAAGACUGGUACUACUUCGAUUACAAGUACAUGCACGAGUGGUUCAGGGAGAAACCAGAGAUCUUGUCAGCUGUCGAUUGGAGACCAUUUGGGGUCGACAAGACUGGAGAGGACUCGACCCUCUGGGUCGGGAGCAAGGGGGCUCAUACCAACUGCCAUCAGGAUUCUUACGGCUGUAAUUUAGUUAAACAGAUACAUGGGAGGAAGCUGUGGCUCCUGUUUCCUCCAGACUCUGGGAAAGUCCUCCAAGAAACUCGAGUUCCCUACGAGGAGUCCACGAUCUACAGCAGAUUGAACUUCUUCUGUCCCUCGAUAUCGGAUGAAGAGUCCCUCAGAAAAAUCGAUAAAAAUCCCAUGAGGGUUGUUUUGGAAGCUGGAGACGUUUUGCUAGUUCCCAGGGGCUGGUGGCACUUUGUUGAGUCUUUAGAUUUGAGCGUUAGUGUCAAUGUGUGGCUGCCAUUGGCAUCAGACUGCCAGGCCAGGCUCAGAGAGGCUCUCGUGAAGCUCAUUAUGGAGAGGAUUGGAGAGGGUCUUCCUGCUGUGAAGGAUCAAGUGACUUAUAGUCUAAGAGAUCUCGGGAAAUUGAUUGAAAAAUGUGUGAGAGACUGUGAAGAAGUAAAAAAUGAAGACCCUGAAGAGAUGAUUCCCAAAAAAAUGAGAAAAACCCCCUGGACUGCUGAAGAAUUCUCCAGAGAAUAUGAAGAUUUCGUGAAAAUAGGGAAAUACUUGAGUGGCGAAGAGUUCAGGAUAUUCCUGAGUCACCAAAGGGAUCGAUUUCCAGAAGAAAAACAAUGUAACAAUGAUUCAACCCAAGACUGCAGUAAUUUCGAUCGAAAUACUAUAAAAAAUGUUGCUGAUUCCUUUUGUCAUCCAGACGUUAUCAACAAAGUUGUUGAAAUGCUCUUGAAUAAAAAGUGAAUAGUUUAGUUUCAAUUU